AUGAUUUUUGACAGGAAUGAUAUAACCGAGUUUAUCGGCGGUUACGGAUUUGGAAUCCUUGGAGUUAAAGACUAUAACAUCGAACUGAUCUGGUCGAUCUUCUUCCAAUUUACUUGCUCAGGUCAAACUUCAAACUGGAAAGUCUUCGAGAAAUCUCCACUUUCAGGCAGGAUGAACCAUAUCGAAAUGGAAAGUAGUAAAAAAGAUCCGAUUCUUCAAGUAGAGACAACAUGUGGAUCCCUCUUAUACGAACUUCAGAUUAUUUGGGACGAAAUUGGAGAAACAGAAACUGAUAGAGAUAAGAUGUUGCUUGAGCUUGAACGUGAUUGCGUGGAAGUAUACAGAAGAAAAGUUGACCAAGCCAAUCGAUGUAGAGCUCAGCUAAGACAAGCAAUAGCUGAUGCUGAAGCAGAACUAGCUUCCAUCUGUUCUGCAAUGGGAGAACAUCCUGUGCAUGAUAGACAAUCUGAUGAAAGCGUUGGGAGCUUGAAACAAGAGCUUGAGAGGAUUCGUCCGGAACUUGAAGAGAUGCAAAAGAGGAAAACCGAAAGAAGAAACCAGUUCGUACUUGUCCUCGAAGAAAUAGCUAAUAUUACUAAUGAUAUCAAAGGUCAAGGAGAACAUGUUCCUUCCAAGCCACGUAUCGAUGAGACUGACUUGUCUAUGAGAAAGCUUGAAGAGUUACGCUGUCAGCUGCAAGCACUUGAGAAAGAGAAGAGUGAUCGUGUGGAGACGAUUCGGAAACACAUGUGUUCUCUGUAUCCACAUUGCUCAGUACUUGGAAUGGACUUCCAAGAGGUUGUUGGCCAAGUGAAUCCCACAUUAAAUGAUCCAGAAGGACCAAGAAGCUUAAGUGACCAUACGAUUGAGAAAUUGGGGGCUUUAGUUCAAAAGCUGAGGGAGGUUAAGAUACAGAGAUUGCAGAAGCUUCAAGGUCUAGCAACAACCAUGUUGGAGCUCUUGAAUUUGAUGGAUACACCGAUAGAAGAGCAGCAAAAGUAUCAGUAUAUCACCUGCUAUACAGCUGCAUCUGAACAUGAAAUAACUGAAGCCAAUAGUCUCUCCGAAGACUUCAUUAAAUAUGUUAAGGCAGAAGUUGUCCGAUUGGGCGAGGUAAAGGCAAGCAAAAUGAAAGAACUUGUUCUGAAGAAAAGGUCAGAGCUAAAGGACAUAUGUAGGAAAAGGGACAUGUUACCGGUGUCAGACAGUGCCAUAGAGCAGACAAUAGUGUCGUUUGGAUCUGGUAUUGUGGAUGCAACAAUGGUCUUGGAACAUCUUGAGCAACACAGUAAAAGAAGGAAAUGGAAUCCCAUAGAUGAUGCAGUGCUCAUCAGCUCCUGGUUAAACACCAGCAAGGAUUUUGUUAAAGAGCAGAAAUCAGGUACCUUUUGGGAACAUAUUUCAGUGUACUUUGCGGCAAGCCCUCAGGUUGUAGGUUGUGAAAAGCGAAAGCCAAGUCACUGUAAGCAAAGGUGGCAGAAGAUUAAUGAUCUAGUGUGCAAGUUUUGUGGGUCUUAUGAGGCUGCAAAAAGAGAGAAAGGUAGUGGUCAGAAUGAGAAUGCGAAUGAGAAUGAUGAUGAUGUUCUUAAAUUGGCACACCAAAUCUUCUUCAAGGAUUACAAGAUGAAAUUCAACCUUGAGCAUGCAUGGAGGGAACUACGCAAUAACCAGAAAUGGUGUGAUCUUUCUAGUAGUAAGGCUGAUGGAAGCUCUAAAAAAAGAAAGUGUGAGGAUGGUGCACAAUCUUCAAGCUCUCACACAGUUAACAAUUGUGUUAAGGCAACAAAAGGCAAAGGUAAAAAGGGUAUGGAAGAGUCUCAGAGCAUCUGUAGGACUGAAGAGAAAGACUUGGUUAUGAAAGAAAGACUCUCCAAGAUGGGACUACUAGACAGCCUCCUUGCAAAAAAAGAACCACUAUCCGAGAUUGAAGAAGCGCUGAAGAACAAGCUCAUUACAGACAUGUUGACUAAUUAG